AUGAUCCCUCUGGCAGAGGAUACAUCCAAGGAGAUUCUGGUCGAAGAAAAGCCGGUGCCAGUGAUCGAUACGACGCCAACAUCGUCUGCAAACCCGUCUCGGAACAGCAGCUCUGGCUCCAACAAGUCAGGAUCAGGGGCAAGAGCAAAAAACCAGACUGCAUUCACUUGUGCAAGUUGCGACGAACCGAUUUCGGGAAUGAUGAUCACAGCGAUGGGCAAGCGCUGGCAUUCAGAUCACUUUGUGUGCUGUGUGUGUGACCAGAACUUGGAGCAUGUUCAGUUUUUCCAAAGGGACGGAUUGCCGUAUUGCCACUUGGAUUACCACGAGAAGUUCAGUCCCAAGUGCGGACACUGCAAUUCUGCCAUUGAAAACGAAUGUUUGACGGCGUUAGGAAAGAGCUGGCAUCCGGGUCACUUUUUCUGUCGGGAGUGUGGUGAUCCAUUUGAUGAGGAUGGAUACAUGGUGCAUGACGAUUACCCAUACUGCGAGAAAGAUUACCUGCGACUGUUUGCGCCAAAGUGCUCGGGAUGCCAGGGUCCAAUCCAGGGCGACUUUAUCAGCGCCUUGAAAGGAAAAUGGCACCGUGAUUGCUUCGGAUGCACUGUCUGUCAUAUCGGGUUCGACGGUAUGUCGUAUUAUGUCGAGAGCGGAAAACCGUACUGCCAGACGCAUUACAAAACCGGGAACAGGCCAUCUGGAGGCUCAGAAAGCGGUAGCGGCUCGAGCUAG